CAAAGUGAAUGCCUCCAUUUACACCAGAUGCGCGUAAUUUGGGUGGUAGAAACAUGAUAUCUUAAUAAAUUUGGAAUCAUUUAUAAUAGUUAAAAGAAAUAUCAUAACAAAUACCACAGAUUUUAAUAUCACCAAGGAAACUUCCAAAUUCACCUAAAUAAAGUAUAGAAGCUAUAAAUUACAAGAGAGUCAAUAGAAAAUAAGAUUAUUUAUUAUAUCCAACUUAUUUAUUUAGACGUAAAACUGUUUCUGAAAGUUUCACAUCAUUGAGUCCUAAAAAUAUUCGUGAUGAAACAUAAUUAUUAUUUUAAGAACCCCUUUUAAGAAGAUAAAAAAAUCUAAAAUCUCCUUAAAAGAUCUUUCCAUUCAGUACUAUUUAAUUAGGUGCAUUACAUAAAAUUAAAGCUAAUGAAAUAAAAAUGAAUAAGAAGAAUGAUGAAAUGUAAGUUUAAUGUUUCUAUUAUUUAUAGUUUAUGGAAUGAAGUAGAGAUGACAGUUAAGGAGUUCAACACCAAAUACGAAGAUUUGUUGAAUGAAAUCUAACAAGUAAUCUAGGAAUUUGGAAUCUAUAGUGCAUCUGAUUAUCAAAUCUUGAUUCACAUUAUUUUGAGACUAAAACCCUAGAUACCUAAAAUGGACUUACUAAAUAUUUUUAAUGAAUUGAUUAUUAAGCAAUAAUUAUAACUGUCUUGA